CGAGGCUGCAGUCCGACGCGCGCGAUCGACCCGCGCCAAAGAGGAUCGCGCCGCUCGUGGUCUCGCGAUAGUCCGCCGGAAGAUAAUGGGGAUCCUUCGACCACCGCCGGUGCACACGGGGGAGAGAAUUUCUCGGCGAGGCGAGGCCGGCCAGGCAGAAGAGCCGACCGAAAGAGAGAAAAGAUCCCCCGGUGGAGGGGAUGCGACCAAUGGACAUAUUAGAUGCAGCCUGUUGAUUCAUCGAAUGCGGCAGUAACAGCCGCGCCGUAUACAGCGCCGCACGCGAGUCGCGAGGUGAUUGAGCUGCAGCGUGGUCUCCGUUAAAUUCGUCGUCGCCCACGGUUCGUGACUGAAAGACGGGACCUUUUGGAGUCCGCCGGCGAAACGAGGCGUCCGACUGUCGGACCGAACGUUAGGGAAGCUGGUUCGAUCGCGGUCGCGCAGCGCGGAGCACACCGACCGGGGAAACGAUCGAGCGCCAGGCCUGCUGACCGGCGAAACGCAACCGCGCGACGCGGACCGCACAUGCUGAGGAGACGAGCGUCGUCGAGCGUGCGCAACCUCCCGUCACCAUGAGGCCUUGGACCAACAAAUCCGCCGGCCUUGGCCUGCUCGGCCUCCUCCUGAUCAUUUUCGGCACAUGCCUGUACUUCUUCUCGCCGUCGAUCUUCCAUCAGAUACUGCAAAAGGAAAUGCCGCUGACGCCGACGUCGAAGGCGUUCGAAGUGUGGAACGACACGAGCAGCCUGCCACCCAUGUACAUGAGGAUCCGCUUCUUCAACUGGACCAACCCGGACGAGCUGAACGUGAAAGGGAAGAAACCGAUCCUGGAGGAGGUCGGCCCCUACGUGUUUAGGGAAAUUCGGCAGAAAGCGAACGUGACGUUCCACGCGGAGAACAACACCGUCAGCUACUUCUACCGGCGAUGGUGGUACUUUGAACCGGAACUGACCAAUGGCUCCUUGAGCGACCCUAUUACGCAAUUAAACGCCGUCGCGAUCUCGGCGAAGCACAAGGUGCGCUAUUGGGACGAGAUGAUGCAGAGCACCCUGUCGAUCAUGCUGUACUCGACGGGCACGCCGAUCCACAUCACGAAAACGGUGAACGAGCUGCUGUUCGCCGGCUACGACGACACGCUGAUCAAACUCGGGCAGUCGGUCGGCGGCGUCGCGGACGACAUCCCGCCGUUCGACAAAUUCGGCUGGUUCUACAUGAGGAACGGGUCCACGAUGUUCGACGGCCACUUCAACAUGGACACAGGUGUCCAGGACAUCGAGCAGUUCGGUGUGCUCAGGAAAUGGAACUACAAGGACACCACCAGGUUCUUCAAGAGCCCGUGCAACGUGGUAGAGGGAAGCGCCGGCGAGUUCUGGCCGCCGUACCGGCGGAAAGACGAGAUCGUGUUGUUCAGCGGUGACUUGUGCAGGCCGUUGACGUUCGAGUACGCGGAUUCCACUUUCCACUCGGGCGUGGAGGGCUACCGGUUCAUCCUCAGCGAGAAAACGCUGGGCAACAACACGAGGAGGCGCUACCCUCACGAACAGGCGAAGUAUUUCGAGCAGACCACCACCACCGAGGACUUCUUCGAGGCGGAACAUUCGGCGGAGGUGACGGACCAGCCCGACGAGGACCCGGACGUCGUGAACAUCGGCAACUGCUACUGCAACGGAAGAUGCACCCCGGUCGGCCUCAUGAACGUCAGCUCCUGCCGCUACGGCGCGCCCGUGUUCGUCAGCCUGCCUCACUUCAACAGGGCUGAUCCAGAUCUCAAGGACAAAGUGCUGGGAUUGAGCCCCGACGAAGAGAAACACGAUUUCUCCAUCACCCUGGAACCGACGACGGGCAUUCCGCUAAAAGUCUCCGCGAAGCUGCAGCUGAACGUGCUCCUGGAGCCAUCAAAGAUCGUGUCGCUGUUCAAAGAGGUGCCGAGCGUGUACUUCCCAGUGAUGUGGUUCUCGCUGGAUGUCGAGGCGACGGACAAGUUUAUCAACGAUCUGAAGACGUUGCUGUCGUUGACCGACGUCUUCAUGUACGUCGGCGUGAUCCUGGUCCUCGUCGGAUCACUGACGAUCUUCACCGUAGCUCUGUUGUACCUGUUGAGCAGGCAGCGCGUGAAAUCGCCGACCGGCGACAAAGUGUUGAUGUACCUCGACACGAGCGGCGGCAACGACGACGCCCACGUGCGAAUCGAUCGCAGACUGUACCCCAGUUCGAUCGAGUGCUUCAACAUGGAUCUACAAUCGAAGAUCCAGCCGGGGAAAUAGCGAAAGGCAGCGUUGGUCGGGCGAAGCGGCCCCGGCCGUCCCUGGGCGGAUCUUUUACGGCGCGGCGGUCUCGUUCGGCCGCGCCGCGGAAAUUCGGAAUAUUCGGCGGGCUCGGCUGAUCGAAGCUGCGCUCGAACCUAGGAUUUUAAACGGGGCCGAGCUAUCGGUAUCUAUUAGAUAACUCUGACAUAAGUAGGCUGUUCAGACGAGGAAACGCGCAGAGCUCGCGAGGAUGCUGUUGCCGCUCGAGUAGCGAGCAAAUAUUUGUGAAAUCUUCGACGGUCGUCGACUGGAAUGCUUCUCGUUCCUCGGGAACGGUUAGUCACGGGCUAACGGCGGCACCGUCGUCGCGUUAGCUCGAUCGAGCCGAGUCGCAACAAAGGAUUAUCGCCCGGCGCGCCGCGAUCACGGGGAAUUGAUCGAUAGAAUCUAAGACUGACGACGGGCGGAGGAACGCGGCUUCGACGGACGCCCGCCAGCUGAACGAUCGGUCUCCGGCGCGGAAAUUUCGAGUCUUUUCUAGGGUAAUCGCGGAAACUGGGACCAAAGGGGAGCGCGUUCGACGUGUGCCAAACGGAAGCAACGAAUCGUGUCAAUUCGAAGGUGCCAAUCUUACUCCGCGAAUCACUUCCGACAGCAAUACCGUUGCGUCGGCGGUUGGCGCGCGAUUAGCGACGCCGCCGGCCGGCGCGUAUGUUCCUCUUCUUUCGAAAGGCGACAACGUCUCGUGCCAAUAAUUUUAGUCGCGGUUACAGCGUUAAGUUUAUAGUCGGUUAAGUCCAGCGUCCUAUUUACAGCGUUACUCGUUCUAUUUCCGUUUCGUCUCCUCGCGGAACGGCCACGACGUUCGCCAUUCAGCGCCGAGCGACUCACGCUCGGACGCGGGACGCCGUUAGAGACAAGGAAAUUUUGUAUUGUAUUUUAAUAAAAACUCCAGACUUUUACUACGUUACUGC